AUGCCAGUCACCGGCCUCUACUUCUGUCCUGACUCAGGCACCACCCAAAAUCCCGCCGCCGCAAUCAUCGACCGUCUCUCCAAACGCUACCAGCCAACUUUCAUCGCAAAAUGGUCCUUAGAACACCGUCUCCUCCGUGAAAACGGUCCUCCUUCCUCCUCAACCGUAGUUACCCCCAGCCUACAAGCCCCAGUUACACAAACUCCACCUCAAACUAGGUACAUGCAAUACCUCGAUCUAUCCUUCCACCCCGGAAAACGGUUUUGUCUGGUUGAUAGAUCUAUCGUCACCAUCGAUCCGGACUUUGAGCAUAUCCUUACCGCAAAGUUACAAGGACUGUGGAGUAUGAGAUUGACGCUCAAGGCCGAGGGAAAUAUCCUAGAACUCGAGGAUUUUAAGAUCAAAAUCGCAACUCUGAGUCAGGGUAGCGUGAUCAAAGGUGUGCUCAUGGAGGUCGAGUACAUACCUUGCGCGUAUCUAGAGCAGGGCGAAGGGGUCAUUCGAGACUUCAUCGAGCAGCUGGAACUCCCUAAUGGGCCGAAUGUCAGGUAUUACUUUUCACAAGCACCCGUUGUCAAUCCCGAUGAAAAUGAUGAACCAAGAGAGUUCUCGAUUUUGGAUACGGGGAUGCAGUAUAUGGAACUGCUGAGGUUGAGAUGA